ACUUCGUAGAGCAGAGCAUCAUGGGAAACGAGUUGUAACAACAAAAGGAGAGCUGCAAGCCCAGGAAUAUCCACAUUUAAGGACUAAAGCAGUACCAGCCACUGAUAGCCAACAGCUUCUUGUGGGUAGCAUCCUGUGACCACUGAUGAAGGACUAGAGGAUGACCAACACAAACUGUGCAGCAGCAGAUGAGCUAUCGUCUAUGACUUUACAUCUACAAGGUGGACUGACAAGCUCCGGCCAUUCGCACAGAAGUGAUAGGAACGUUUCAGUCCAGACUGCUUUUCGAAUGAGACACAUUACAGGAACACAUCAGUCUUAAAGAUCGAGUUUUCAUCAGGCAUGGAUAGCCCUCAUCAAGAGCCAUCUGCUCCUGCUGAAAUGCCAGUUAGUGGCCCAUCUUCACAGGACAUCACUCCGGGUACCGAAGAGGAGGCGAAUCCUCAGUCAGAUGGAACAGGAACACCUCAAAAGAGAAGUACCAAAAGAAAAGAACCCUUGAAAAGGAAAGCAACCUCACUCGAAGAAAAGAGCAAGAAGAAAAAGAGAAGCGGUGUCAGACGAGCUCCAAGGCCCAAUUACACCGUGCAGCAUGGAGAGGAUAUGCUGCUCAUUAUAUCCAACAUCAACCAGUUUGACAGCGUUUGGAAGCCUAAACGAAGGGGAAGCAAGAAGAAGAAAACCAAGACAAAGAUCGCACCAGUAAAGAGGAGGAAAAAUCCUACGAAGCCCAGAUUGUCUAAAGUCACAGAGGAAGCGUCGGUCAGUGACGUUAAUGUGGAGGACACAGGGAGCUCUGACUGGGGCCACAGUCUGCCUCUGGAGGUGCUUGUGAAAAUCUUUGAGCUGGCAGUUCUUCAAGAUGGUGCCAUACCGUUUCUGUGCAGGGUUGGCAGAGUUUGCCGUCUGUGGAACAGUGCUGCAUCUUCACCAACCCUCUGGCGCAGUGUGUCCAUUGGCUACUGCUGGAUUGAACCUGGUAAGAGUCAGUUACCUGGAACCGAACAGAAGAUUAGGAACACUAUAAACUGGCUAGCGCAAAACAGGUUCUCCCAGCUGAGGGAAUUCACGCUUUCUCACUGGAAGAAGCAUGUCGACUAUGUUGUCCAGGUCGUGGCAGAAUCCUGCUCAAAUCUCCAGUCUCUCAAGCUGUCAUACUGCAUGGGUGUGACAAAAGAGGCCUUUCAAAACCUUGGCACUGCCUGUCCAUCUCUGGAGAGCAUAAAUGUGCAACACACAGAGUUUCGGGACGAUGGCCUGAUCUCCUUCCUUGAGACAAACGGAAAUAAACUGAAAAGGCUCUUUCUUACACGCAACCCGAAAAGCGAAAAACUACUCAAUGUUUUAAGUAGGGGGUGCUGUCCUGAACUCAGACUGUUGGAGAUCAACACUAAGUUAGACAGUGGAUAUUGCCCUCUUGCUAUCUGCAUACAGGCUCUACAGGUUGGCUGCCCUAAGCUCCAGGUUUUCAGGCUGAUGAACGUCAGCCCUAUACCAAAAAUGAUUCGCAACAUGCCCAGCGCCACUCCUGGCUUCCCCCUGCUGGAGGAAUUGUGUAUAGCCUCUUCAGCACAUUCCUUACUAACAGAUCAUGACCUGCUAAAUGUUCUCCAUGGCUCCCCCCAGCUGCGGGUGCUGGACCUGCGCGGCUGCUCACGCGUAACUGCCAUGGGACUCUCCAAUCUGCCCUGUGAAGAUCUGGAGUGUUUCUACUGGGGGCUCUAUUUCAAUAGCAACGUUAUGGUGGCGUCCAACAAGGGCAUCCACAUGCUCGCUCAGAAAUGGAGUAGCACCCUGCGUGAGCUGGAUCUGACCAACCAGCCUUUCACAGAGGAGGACAUGGAGAUUGCAAUGGGCCAUCUGGCCCACGGCCCUGGAGCAGAUGCCUUUCGCUCCUUGAACGUCAGUGGGACAAAGAUCACCUCAUCUGCACUCAGGUUACUAGUGGCCCAGGCUACAGCUCUAAGCUACUUGAAUCUGUCAUCUUGCCGUUACCUUCCAAGAGGACUCAAACGGGUUUAUCGUGGCCAAGAGGACAUUCAACAGCUCCUGGAUAAAUUGUAGUAUCUUGUUUUGUACAUGGUUUUUGAAAGGUUAAUUUUACAACUGCAUUCAGUGGUGUAUUGAAAUGUUUGUAUGGUGGUGAUGCAGUUAGCAGUUCACAAAUUACACCAAAGACUUCUCUACUUUUGGUGACUAUCAUAGUUCGAUUGGUUCAUAGGAUUGACUGAUGUGCAAGAAGAGCGACAUUGUAGUAGUAUUAUAUUAUGGAUGAACCCAACCUGGAAUUGUUGCAACAACAUCAAAGCUCUUCCAGAGGUAUGAGGUA